UUGCUCUAACCACUGCGCUACAGUAGCUCGGAACAAAGCACUCGGGUUUGGGCCAGCUGACAGCCCUGGAACUCAGCCCUUUAGAACUUCAGUAGUACAAAGCAGGGGGGGGAGGUAGCUUUCCUUUCCCUCCCACCCCCAAUGUACCCACCCACCUGACACCCAAACUGCUCUAGGAGGCUUCUGUUGUGGGGCAAGGAGACACACCGCAAGAGUUUGUUUGUUUAGAGUCCUCCUGUUUCCAACCCAUUGAUAGUAAGCAGGCGUCUUGCAGAGUGUGUUGUGACCCCUCACUUUGAGGCCUGCCUGAAAGCUCUCCCAUGGCGGUUAUUUUAUGAAAUGCUUCUGUGGGUCUGCACGAGGGGCUGCAUCCAUUGUUGGCCCUUCCUCAAAGCAGAUCCAUUGAAGUGAAUGAACAUUGGUAACAAGGGUCCAUUAAUUUCAGCGAGUCUAUUCUGAACAAAAAUUGGUGGUUGGCUGCAAUCCUUGGUGGGCACAAAGACUUUUGUGGUGGCAUUUUUUCCAAAAUAAAACAAACUGGAAGGACAGAUCACUGGAAGGACAGAUUGUGAAGCUGAGGCGCCAAUACUUUGGCUACCUCAUGAGAAGAGAAGACUCCCUGGAAAAGACCCUGAUGUUGGGAAAGAUUGAGGGCGCUAGGAGAAGGGGACAACAGAGGACGAGAUGGUUGGACAGUGUUCUUAAAGCUACCAACAUGAGUUUGACCAGACUGCGGGAGGCGGUGUAGGACAGGAGUGCCUGGCGUGCUGUGGUCCAUGGGGUCACGAAGAGUCGGACAUGACUAAACGACUAAACAACAACAACAAAACAAAAUAGGGUUGUGUUUAAUGUGGACAUUGUUCUUCAUGAGGUUUUAAAAACUAAAUUAAUUUUUUGAACAAGGACAAGCACAGUUCCUCGUGGAAUAUGCUGCAUUGUUGUUGUUUUUUGCAACGUAACCUUGAAGUGUACUCAAGAACAGACGACUGAAUUUUCUGGCAACUUGCUUUGCUUCUUCUAAAAUAUGUUUGAGAAAGACUCCAAAACAGGAUGGGGUGUGUGCUUGGCUUCUGUUUAUUGUUCGGUUACCUCCUCUAAGCAGUUGAUAGUUUAGUUGCUCAUCCUGCCCUGAUAGACCUCCUUGCCAAAGUUGCUCUGUGCGAAGCUAAACCUGUUCUUGAGAGUUUCAGAAUUGGUUUGCAAGCAACCUUGACUGUGUGUCACAGAAAGGCAUCUUUUUGUUAACUGGUUCCCUUCUAAGUAGUAUCAACAGGUGCUAGAUUUGGCUACUCUGCAACCGACCCAUUGCACUCUGGGGCAGAUUUGACAGGUAUCGGACUCCCCACUCCCCACCCCCAUUCAUUCAUAAAAUGUUCCCGUCCAGUUGUCUGACUUUCAAACAGUUUUGUGUAAGAUUCCUACCCGCUCCCCCCCAAAUCACUCGGGGCAAGUGGCUGUUAACUUGGUGAGAUAUGGCGAUAGCUUGUGUACCCAUAACAAACAUGCUGAGGGAAUGUGGAGCAGGUUUUUGAAUGACUGGAUGUUGACUGUAACCAACUUUAGUGUUCUUCUCCCUCUCUCUGUCCAACCCCCCACCCCACCCCAUAGCAAGAGUUAGCUAGGCAGGAAGCAAUGUGUGCGUCCUGCAUCCGUCUGCAUUGCAACAGCACACCUCUUAUGCAAAAUACCAAGCGAGACAGGAAACUUUUGGUUCGCUCGGCUGUCUCAUCGCUUUGCUGGUGCUUCCAAUCCCUGGGUUUUCCCUGCCGGCGGUUGUGUUUUCUCCCCACUGCUGCUAGUGAAAGCAGAGGCUGUGCAUGGACAAAGAGAGAGGAGCAGACUAGAAGAGUGUGUUUCUACAGAGUGAUGCUCAUUUAAGCUGCCACCAUGUCCAUGUACUUGAAACAUUUCACCGUGGUGGGGGAUGAUCCUGCUCAGUGGAAUAAUGACUACAGGAAAUGGGAGGAAGAGGAGAUGGAAGAGGAAGCAAAGACCCCCGAGACUGCCGUCAAAAUCGACUCUUCCCCCAGGACCCCCACCUUCCGGGAGGUGAUGAAGAAGUUGUUCCAGUCACACAAAUUUCAGAUCUUAGUUGUCGGCCUGGUUAUUUUGGACGCCAUACUGGUCCUCGGGGAACUGCUUUUGGACUUGAAAAUCAUCCACCCUGACAAACACGAGAUUGCGCCCAAGGUGUUCCACUACCUGAGCCUUAGCAUCCUAACCCUCUUUCUGGUGGAAAUUUUCUUCAAACUCUUUGCCUACCGGUUGGAGUUCUUCCAUCACAAGUUUGAGGUCCUGGACGCCAUUGUUGUCAUCAUCUCAUUCGUUCUUGACAUCGUUCUUCUGUUCCGGGAGCACGAGUUUGAAGCACUUGGAUUACUGAUCCUUCUUAGACUGUGGAGAGUGGCCAGGAUUAUAAAUGGAAUCAUCUUGUCGGUGAAAACACGGUCUGAGCAGCAGAUGUCCAAGAUGAAGCAAGCUAACCUGCAACUCACCCUAAAGGUCCAGGAGAUGGAAACUAGCUGCGCAGAGAAGGAGCUGGAAAUCGAAAGGCUUAAUGCUGUGUUGAAGCAACAUGGACUUGUUGGCCAGUCCAGAUAAGGUGCCAUCCUAGGACCCAACAGAAAUAGUGCCGCCACUGAGAAGCUAAUUUUGUUUCCAUACUGUGCCAUUUUGAACAUACCCUUUUGUACAUUUCCUUCCCUUCC